UCACUUUCGUCUCCUUCCUCGCCUUCUCUCUCAGCCACAACCACCCACCAUGGCGUCCCUGCUCGCCAACGGCAUCUCCUCCCGCUUCGCCGCCGCCGCCGCCCCCCCGCCGCAGCCCUCCGACCCGCCAAGAUUCGCCAAAGGGUACGCCGCCGCCGGCCUCCUCCUCCGGCACCCGUCCCCGAGGCCGUCGACGGCCGGUCGGCGGCGGCGCCGCGGCGGCGGCGGCUGCUUCCGGGUCCGAGCCGACGUGGGCUACGAGACGACGAGGCGGCCCGACUCAGGUAACCCCCCCUCCACCUCCGCCACCGCCACCGCCACCGCCACCGCCUCCAGCUACGACGAGAAAAUCGCCCAGAUCCUGAGCUUCAACGAUUACAACAAGAAGUACGGGUUCAACGUGGACAUAGACUCGUUCUCCAUCCCCAAGGGGCUGUCCAGGGAGACCGUGCGCCUGAUCUCCGAGCUCAAGGGGGAGCCCGAAUGGAUGCUCGAGUUCAGGCUGAGCGCCUACGACAGGUUCUUGAAGAUGAAGGAGCCCAAGUGGUCGGACAACGCGUACCCGACCAUAAACUUCCAGGACAUGUGUUACUACUCGGCACCCAAGAAGAAACCCACCUUGAACAGCCUGGACGAGGCCGACCCGGAAUUGGUCAAGUACUUCGACAGGUUGGGUAUCCCUCUGAACGAGAGGAACCGGCUCGCGAACGUCGCGGUCGACGCGGUUCUCGACAGCGUCUCCAUCGCGACCACGCACAGGGAGACGCUGAAGAAGGCCGGCGUGAUCUUCUGUUCGAUAUCCGAGGCGAUUAAGGAAUACCCGGAUCUUGUCAGGAAGUAUCUGGGGAAGGUCGUGCCUAGCGAGGAUAACUUCUAUGCUGCUCUGAAUGCUGCGGUGUUUAGUGAUGGGUCGUUUUGUUACAUACCGAAGGACACGAAGUGCCCGAUGCAGAUUUCGACUUAUUUCAGGAUAAACGCGAUGGAGACCGGGCAAUUCGAGAGGACCCUGAUAGUGGCGGAAGACCGGAGUUUUGUGGAAUAUCUGGAGGGGUGCACCGCGCCGUCUUAUGAUCGGAAUCAGCUACACGCCGCCGUGGUGGAGUUGUAUUGUGCCGAGGGCGCGGAGAUCAAGUACUCCACGGUGCAGAACUGGUACGCCGGGGAUGAGGAAGGGAAUGGAGGGAUCUACAAUUUUGUCACAAAGAGGGGCCUUUGCGCAGGAAAUCGCUCGAAGAUAUCUUGGACGCAGGUGGAGACGGGGUCUGCCAUUACUUGGAAGUACCCAAGUGUAGUUUUGGAGGGUGAUGAUACUGUGGGUGAGUUCUAUUCUGUAGCAUUGACUAAUAAUCAUCAGCAGGCAGAUACAGGAACAAAGAUGAUACACAAGGGGAAGAAUACCAGGAGUAGAAUUAUUUCGAAGGGUAUUUCGACUGGAUUCUCGAGAAAUUGCUAUAGGGGGCUUGUUCAGGUCCAGUCGAAGGCGGAAAAUGCUCGAAAUUCUUCGCAAUGUGAUUCCAUGCUUAUUGGUGACAAAGCUGCUGCCAACACCUAUCCGUAUAUCCAGGUUAAAAAUCCCACGGCUCGCAUCGAGCAUGAGGCGAGUACCUCGAAGAUUGGCGAGGACCAGCUAUUCUUCUUCCAGCAGAGGGGAAUCGACUACGAGAAAGCCAUGGCCGCCAUGAUCUCCGGGUUCUGCCGCGACGUGUUCAACGAGCUCCCCGAUGAGUUCGGUGCCGAGGUGCACCAACUCAUGAGCUUGAAGCUUGAGGGAUCGGUGGGUUAGGCGGUGGCAAAGUUCUUGUCUUGUAAAUUUUGGCUGUAACUGUUACUUACAUAUAGACUGUGCAUGUAAAAGUCACCUAUGUGAUCCUCUGUGAGCUUCUGGCAAGCUUCUUUGAACAAGGGUUAAUAAUGUAAAUGCACCAUCUAAGGAGCACUGUCACCAUAAUUUUGAAUCAAAAUGGUUUUCCAAA